AUGGGACCAUUUUCUCAAUCUAGUGACCACAUCUACAUCUUGUUGGUUGUGGACUAUGCCUCAAAGUGGGUUAGAACAAUCUCCUGUAUGAAGAAUAAUGCGAUUACUGUUAGUAAGUUCUUGAAGAGAAACAUCUUCACGCGAUUUGGGACCCAUAGAGCCCUUAUUAGUAUUAAGGAUCUCAUUUCAUUAACCCAUAAAGUAGCCAAUAUCUACCAUCUUCAAACAAAUGGUUACGUGGAAUUGUCCAACAGAAAGAUCAAGAAGAUAUUGGAAAAAGUGGUAAACUCGUCCCACAAGGAUUGUGCGGAUCACCUGGAUUCCACAUUUUCGGCAUAUUGCAUCGCGUACAAGACGCCUAUUAGGAUGUCUCCUUACACGCUAGUCUUGAAGAAGGCUUGGCAUUUACCACUAGAGUUUGAACAUAAGGAGUUAUGGUCGUGCAAAAAGUUAAACUUCGAUCCUAAUACCGCAGGAGAGGCUAGGUUACUAAAGUUGAAUGAGCUUCAAGAAUGGUGUUUUCAAGCUUACAAGAAUGCCAAGAUCUAUAAAGAAAAGACAAAGGCAUGGCAUGACAGCCGCAUCAAUAGAUACAAAUUAAGAGUUGGACAAAAAGUAUUAUUAUUCAAUUCGCGUCUACAACUAUUUCUGGAUAAGCUUUAUUCGCGAUGGUCAAGACCAUUUUUUGUCAAACAAAUCUUUCUACAUGGUGUUGUGGAGAUCACCUCGAUCGAUGAGACAAAUCUGUUUAAGGUAAAUGGGCAAAGACUCAAAGCGUACCUUAAAGAGGAAGAACGUGUUAAAUUUUCUAUGGAUUUAAUGUAA